AUGAAGCCUACUCCAACCUUCGGCUUCGUUGCCACUCUCUCGACCGUCGCGCUGGCCCAAACUCUACAAGGUCGACAAAAUGCCACUGUCUCCCAGUUCGGCACCUGCAAGUUUGACAGGACCACGGCUUUUCAGUUAUUAAAAGCGUCCGAGAAACCAGUUGCGCAAAUUAAGAGACGUGCAUGCUCUGGGGGAAAACGCUCGAAGUCGUCCAGCGCGGUGUCUGCUGUUGCACCCACGUCUCAGUCGUUGUCUUCUUCUCAUGACACAAGCAUGUCGAUAAUUUCGAGCUCUGCUAGCUCCAGUACCGCUACAAGCGCUGUCUUCGUAUCUAUGACGGAUGCAAUCGUAACCACCGCUGCAUCUAGCACACCUACGUCGGCAUGGCAACCGCCUUCGUCUAUAAGUGCAGCGUUGGAAGAGGUCUGGGAGCACGAAAUGUCGACAUAUGGACGGCCGCUUGAAUUUAAGAAUUUUGGGUACGACCACUUGAUGGAUACACAAGCGAGAAUCCAAUAUUGUGUGCGUUGGGACAGCACUCAGGUGGUCACCGCCGAACAACGUGAUAAACUGGAGACCGCGCUUCAGCGACAGUACAACAAAUGGGUUGAGGGUGCACUGGCUGGAUUUGACGGAUUCCCCUAUAGUACUGCCAACAUUAAGAUCGUUGGCUGGGCUACCAACAACACAGCUCUGUUUGAGGGCAACGUAACAGCUGGAGUCACGCUCUACAGCACGACCACGGAUGUCGACGGAAUCCCUCAAUGUGACCCAGCGUGUGGUAGGGCCAUACAUUAUGUGGACGGCGACUACUCUGGCUGCACUGGUGGUAACGCCGCACGGUAUGAUGUUAGCCUUUGGUUGACGGACGGUAUGGACGAUUCUGGUUUCGGUGGCGACUGGGGCCAGCGCAUUGGAACUAAUUACAUGCUGGAGAAUCUCGAGAGUGAGAAUAUCGAGAUUCUUCUCCAUGAGAUCGGACACACAUUAGCCUUGGAUGAUUUCUACGACUGGACUCCCCCUGGUGUAUCCAACUUUAUUAUGCGUGCUGGUUCUUCUGCCGAAGUCACCGAGUUUGAUGUCUGGAUGGUCAGAGAUUGGUGGAGACAUCUGAAGAGCCGCUACAAUUUAUGA